GGUCCCAAAAAGGAGGUGGCUGAGUGCAAGGAGAAGUUUGCCAGCUCGGUGGAUCCAACAGUUAGCCAGACAUUUAUGCUGGACCGAGUGUUCAAUCCCGAGGGGAAGUCACUGACCCCCAUGCGAGGAUUCAAGUACUCCAGCUGGUCCCCUCUGGGCUGUGACGCCAACGGGAGGUGCCUGCUGGCAGCUCUGACCAUGGACAACCGCCUGACCAUCCACGCCAACCUCAACAGGCUGCAGUGGGUGCAGCUGGUGGACCUGACAGAGAUCUACGGGGAGCGACUGUACGAAGCCAGUUACAGACUGUGUAAGGGUGACACUCCCCGUGGGGAACUGGGAGACUUCCCGGAAUUCCAGCGUCGGCACAGCAUGCAGACCCCGGUGCGCAUGGAGUGGUCUGGGAUCUGCACCACGCAGCAGGUCAAGCACAACAACGAGUGCAGGGACGUGGGCAGUGUGCUCCUGGCAGUGCUCUUUGAGAACGGGAACAUCGCCGUGUGGCAAUUCCAGCUCCCGUUCCUGGGGAAGGAGUCAAUCACUUCCUGCAAUACCAUAGAGUCUGGAAUAAGUUCCCCCAGCGUGUUGUCCUGGUGGGAAUACGAACACAACAACCGGAAGAUGAGUGGACUGAUCGUGGGGAGUGCUUAUGGCCCCGUGAAGAUCCUUCCUGUCAACCUCAAAGCAGUCAAAGGUUACUUCACACUGAGGCAACCUGUGGUCUUGUGGCAGGAGAUGGACCAAUUACCUGUGCACAGUAUCAAAUGUAUCCCCCUCUACCACCCCUACCAGAAAUGCAGCUGUAGCUUGGUGGUGGCUGCGAGAGGUGCUUACAUGUUUUGGUGUCUCCUGUUGAUAUCCAAAGCUGGUCUGAACGUCCACAAUUCCCACGUGACGGGACUCCACUCCUUGCCCAUUGUCUCCAUGACUGCAGACAAGCAGAACGGCACGGUGUACACCUGCUCCAGUGAUGGGAAGGUGAGGCAGCUCAUUCCCAUCUUCACAGACAUUGCUUUAAAGUUUGAGCACCAGCUGAUUAAGCUGUCGGAGGUGUUUGGCUCCGUCAGGACUCAUGGAAUCGCCGUGAGCCCGUGCGGGGCGUACCUGGCCGUGAUCACCACGGAGGGCAUGGCCAACGGGCUGCACCCUGUCAACAAGAACUACCAAGUCCAGUUUGUCACCCUUAAGACUUUUGAGGAAGCAGCUGCACAGCUCUUGGAGUCUUCUGUUCAGAACCUUUUCCGGCAAGUGGACUUGACGGAUCUCGUACGCUGGAAAAUCCUCAAGGAUAAGCACAUUCCUCAGUUCUUACAGGAGGCACUGGAUAAAAAGAUUGAGAGCUGUGGUUCGACUUAUUUCUGGAGGUUUAAGCUGUUUCUCCUGAGGAUUUUGUACCAGUCGAUGCAGAAAGCUCCCUCAGAGGCCAUGUGGAGACCUUCACACGAGGAUGCCAAAAUCUUGGUAUCAGAUUCCCCUGGGAUGGGCAGCACUGAAGAUGAUCAAGAGGAAGGAACUUCCAAACAAGCCAGCAAACAAAGCCUGUGUGACACAGGCAGAGGGGUGGACACAGAUGACACUGCAGAGGAUUCUCUCCAUCAGUCAAGUGACAUUGGAGGCCGUGAACCAAUGGAAGAAAAACUACUUGAAAUACAGGCACAGAUUGAGGCAGUAGAAAUGCACUUGACACGGGAACACAUGAAACGGGUGCUGGGAGAGGUUUAUCUACACACAUGGAUUACAGAGAACACCAGCAUUCCCACCAGAGGAGUCUGUGACUUCCUAAUGUCUGAUGAUGGCUAUGAUGACAGAACGGCACGAGUGCUGAUUGGGCAUAUCCUAAAGAAAAUGAACAAACAGACCUUCCCAGAGCACUGCAGCUUGUGCAAGGAGAUCCUUCCCUUCACCGACCGCAAACAGGCUGUCUGCUCCAACGGGCACAUCUGGCUCAGGUGCUUCCUAACCUACCAGUCCUGUCAGAGUUUGGUGUACAGGAGGUGUUUGCUUCACGACAGCAUUGCACGACAUCCAACUCCAGAAGAUCCUGAGUGGAUCAAGAGGUUACUGCAAGGACCUUGCACCUUCUGUGAUUCUCCGGUGUUCUAGAGGAAAGCUCUGUAAAGAUUGAAAGUGUUUUCUCUACUGCAUAAGCUCCCUUCA